AUGGCCGGAGCCUGUGCUCCCAUGUCGCUUGCCAUGGCCCUUUCCCCUUCAUCCCGCGCCCUCCUGGCCUCGCCUCGGCUGUGCACACAUGUGUGCGCGCCCGCGCUUGGCCGCGGCCACCUUAGUCGCCCACACGCCCGUAGUCGCCCGCUACCGUGGCCCGCUCCUGCUGCUGAAGCUGCAUCGCCCCGCCCGCGCCGCUCGGUGCUGCGCUACUGCCGCUGCUGCUUCUGCUUGCUGAAGCUGCUACUAGCGCUGCUGCUCUCGACCGCUCCCUGCUCGCCCGCUUCCACGCCCCCCUGCUGCGCUUCGCCGCCUGCUACCUUCGCCUCUGCUGCCGCCGCUACUGCUGCUCCGCGUGCUGCCGUCUCUGCUAUGGCCCCGCUGCCGCGCGUCGGCUGCCCCGGCUCCGUCCGGCGCGCCCGCCCCAGCUCCGUCCGACGCGCCCGCCCCAGGCCUCCAUGCCGCCUGCCCUGGUCGCUCGCCGGCGGCAGCGCUGGCCAAAUCCAGUCGCGGCUGGCAAGAGCCACCACCGAGUCGGGCCAGCCCCUGAUUAGUUUAGGGCCUCAUCCCCCUUCCCCACUAAUCUGCUGCUAA